AAUUUGAAUAUUUUGAUUAUCAAUACACAUGCGUCUGCGUAGUACUACUUCGUCCACAUUAUUAUUAUCUAUACAAUAUCAUUUAUAUUUUUCUAAUCUCCAACGUCUAUUUCAAUCACUUCACUUAUUUAAUAUUGUUAUAAUAGAUCUUAAUAAUAAAUAAAAAAACUACUGCCAGCGAAUAAUAUAUUCUAUUUAGUAUUUUUCAUUUUAACAUUUUGGUCAUAGUGACAUAUAUCGAUUACAAUAUGAUUACAAUCGACAAAUGACAGAAUUCGACAGCUGUUAUCUGAUGACGUUUUGAUAAUAACAAAUUUAACCUCCCUAAAUUUAGUACUAAAAUAAAAUAGCAUAAAAUGAUCCAUAGUUUAUUUAUUAUAAAUGCACAAGGUGACGUUUUUCUGGAAAAACAUUGGCGAAGUGUUAUACCGAAAUCAGUAUGUGACUAUUAUUUAGAAGCCCAGAGAUCAAAUGGAAGUGAUAUUAACCCAGUUAUAGCGACCCCUCACCACUACCUUAUAUCUAUACAAAGGGGCGGUGUGAGUUUUGUGGCUGUAUGCAUGGAAGAGAUACCACCUCUGUUUGUUAUCGAAUUCCUGCAUAGAGUAGUAGAUAUUUUUCAAGAUUAUUUUUCUGAAUGUACAGAGUCUAUUAUUAAAGAGAACUAUGUUGUUGUAUACGAGCUAUUGGAUGAGAUGUUAGAUAAUGGAUUUCCUCUGGCCACCGAGAGUAAUAUAUUGAAGGAGUUGAUCAAACCACCAAAUAUUUUGAGGACUAUUGCGAAUACAAUGACAGGAAAGACAAAUGUUAGUGAUAUUCUACCCACUGGCCAACUGUCAAACAUUCCUUGGAGGAGAUCAGGAGUUAAAUAUACUAAUAAUGAGGCAUAUUUUGAUGUGAUAGAAGAAGUUGAUGCUAUUAUUGAUAAAUCUGGAUCUACAGUUUCUGCAGAAAUUCAGGGUUAUAUCGAUUGCUGUAUAAAAUUGAGUGGUAUGCCAGACUUGACUCUAUCCUUUGUAAAUCCAAGAUUAUUUGAUGAUGUUAGCUUCCAUCCAUGUGUCAGGUUCAAGAGAUGGGAGGCUGAACGGUUACUUUCUUUCAUUCCACCAGAUGGCAAUUUUAGGCUGAUCUCCUACCACAUCAGCAGUCAGAGCGUGGUUGCAAUUCCCGUCUAUGUGAGACACAAUCUCUCCAUUAAAACCGGCGAACAAGCCAGGCUGGAUUUGACUGUGGGUCCCAAACAGACUAUGGGAAGAACUAUUGAAAGUGUCAAACUCGAAGUAUUGAUGCCCAAAUGCAUACUCAACUGUGUACUAACAGCAAACCAAGGCAAAUAUAAUUUCGAUCCCGUGUCUAAGAUUUUACAUUGGGACAUCGGAAAAAUUGAUGUGACGAAAUUGCCAAAUAUCAGAGGAUCUGUGUCCAUAGCCAGUGGUUCAAACACUGCUGAGAUAAACCCUUCCAUAAAUGUGCAUUUUACGAUCAGUCAAUUGGCAGUUAGCGGUCUGAAAGUCAACAGGCUAGACAUGUACGGAGAAAAAUACAAACCAUUCAAGGGUGUUAAGUAUAUUACGAAGGCAGGGCGGUUUUUGGUGCGCAUGUGAUCCUAACUCAACAGCUUUAAAUGUGUAUAGGUCAUUUAAGUUUAUAAAACGCUGUAAAACUUUUUUAGUUAAAUAUUUACGAAUUGGACAAAAUAAAAGGUUCAAUUGUGUUUGUAUAUCAUUUACAAUAAAAUGAUGGUUUAUUAACAUUUUUCACAUGCUUUAACAUUGUUUAUUUUAAUUUUUUUUCUUAUGGGGGAAAUUUAAAUGUAAAUGUACUGGUGCAGGCAACUCAAAAUCUUUACAUGUAUAACUGGUUGCCUAUAUGUAGUUCAUAUUGAUCACAAACCAUACAUACUCAUAGACGUUUCACGUAAAUUGUCAAGGUCAAGACAGCAAAUUAGUUACCAUUCCAAUCCAGAGAUGUCGCUGUCAGUCAAUUCUCUUGUCAUAUUUAACAACUGACAGUUGACAAUUAAAUUAAUUUGAUAUUUACUUUUUAUUUUACUGUUUGUGGCUUAAAUAUUUUAUUAUAGUGGUGUUACGUUUUUAAUUAGAUUUAAUCACAAUUUUAAUCAAUUGUAUUAACCUCCUCUCCGUUUUUGUGAGUAGAAUUUUUAGUUUACAUUGAUCAUCCCGUGUUUUGUUUCUCCACAUUUAAAAAACAAUAUAAUAGAUCCUGAAACAGUUUACUCCAAUAGACAAGUGUGUCAUCAACAUUUCGGGCCUAUAUAUUUUUGGAAGUUUGUAAAAGAUUAUAAGGUAUUUAUCUAAACAAUCAUCCUACAAGAUUCUUUCAAAAAUUUUCAUUUAACUCAUUAUUACACAUCAGUGCUUUCACGUGACACAUGGCAGUAGUGUUUAUAGCAUUUUGAAAACAAAUUGGAACAUUUGAAGUUUUCAAUAAAAUAUUGAAUUGUCUUUCUGUUGUUUUAAUUUCCUGUGAAAUUCCAUCAAAAAUCCCGCAAAAUUUAUAAUUUGAAAUUCCUACAUAACUAAAAUUUGUCAAUUUAGUUCCCAUUCCAAUCAAGAGAUGGCGUUAAUUCGAUCCAAAAGAUUAACAUGGUCGUGAAACGUCUAUAAGUAUGUAUGGUUUGUGAUAUUGAUGCGUAUCAUAUAGGUUAAUCCCACGAAAAACAGUAUAAUAGAACUAAAUGUUUUUAUAGUAAAAUAAAUUUAAUUGAUAUAAUAAUAUAUUAUAGUGCAAUUUAAUAUUAAAUGCCCUCUAUAAUUUAUUUUUUUUUGUUAUUUUUAUAAAUAGGUAUGUAAAAUUAUACUCAAAUAAAUAUAAUAUUUUUA